GAUGUGUUUUGAAUCCCGUCGGACUUGACAAUUGUGGAUCCCGGGGCAGGACCAUGGAAAGAGGACCUAUUCUCAAUGGACACAGAGCUGACUUUGAAUAGUUCCCGAGGACGCAGUGAAGUUGAAACGGACACAACAACCACUUUGAGCACUCCUAUUGAGUGAUGUACAGCUUUUUACUUUGUUUUUCGGACAUUUGGAGCACACUUUUGAGCGGAAAAGCUUCUGUUGUAGAGCUUUUGCUUCUUUUUUGCCCCCCCCUCCAAAAGUAAUUUCCUGUUGAACAGACGGGGAAAGUAGUGAAGUAAUUGCUGUUGUUUGGUCCAUUGUUACCGUCCACAGUACUGGAAAGUACUGCGGGUUUUGAAGAGCCUGUCCGCCUUUUCUGAAGUUAAUGCGGAUAACCUGGGACUAACUGCAGCCAGCCGCCUCCCGUGGAACAGACAGCACUCUGAGUGGGACCCCCACGCUAUGGGCAACAAAGAAAACCUCCAAACAACUGGACAAGUUGUUUAGUAACCAACGAGCCUGUGUAUAAAGUGUGUUUUCGCGGAGUUUGAGGAAAUGAACAGCGCGCCACGAUUGAGAGAGAUUUAUAAAUGAGUCGUUUGGCAAACAAAGAAGGACACCUCUGUCGGUUUGAAUUCCGCCGAGCGAAGGGAAAGCCUUGCGAGAAAUGGAGGAGGAAGGUUCACUCGAGCCACACAGGAUACUGGCAAAGCGGUUUUCUCGUCGCGUGUGAAAAUGAGGGUGGAUCUGCUGCGGUUGUUUGUGAUUUUGCUGCUCGGCUGCUGCGGCGACGGCGGCGCGGUGGGAUCAUCUGAUUGCAAAUCAUAUGAUGAACGUCCUAAAAGCGGUGGGAAAAGUCCGUCUUCCGACAGGAAAGUGGUGUGCAGCAACAUGGAGCUCCAUCAGGUGUUACCCCCGGACUCCUUCCCCAACAGGACGGUCACGCUAAUUUUAAACAACAACAAGAUUCAAGAACUCAGAAAUGGAUCCUUCUUUGGAUUGUCUACUUUGGAAAAAUUGGACCUGCGGAGUAACGUGAUCAGUCGUAUUGAACCGGGCGCGUUCCUUGGAUUGCCAGCACUCAAAAGACUAGACCUGUCCAACAACAGCAUCGGCUGUCUCAAUGUGGACAUCUUCAAAGGCCUCACCAGUCUGAUCAGACUGAACCUUUCAGGGAACAUAUUCUCUUCAUUGGCUCAGGGGACCUUUGACAGCCUGGUGUCCCUGAAGUCAUUGGAGUUUCAGACGCCUUACCUGCUGUGUGACUGCAACCUUCUGUGGCUGCUGCGUUGGAUCAAGGAGAGGAACAUCGCGGUCAAGAACACCAAGUGCUCCUACCCCCAGUCUCUCCAGGGCCAGCUCAUUACGUCCAUCAAGCCAGAGCUCCUCACCUGUGAUGCUCCUCUUGAGCUGCCCUCCUUCCAGCUGACUCCGUCCCAGCAUCAGGUUGUCUUUCAGGGCGACAGCCUGCCGUUCCAGUGUCAGGCCUCCUUCGUGGCUGAGGACAUGCAGGUGUUGUGGUACCAGAAUGGCCGCAUGGUCAAGCCCGACGCCGCUCAAGGCAUCUUCAUUGAAAAGCGCAUGGUGCAGAACUGCUCUCUAAUUGCCAGCGCGUUGACCAUCUCAAACAUUCAGCCUGGUUUUACUGGAAACUGGGAGUGCCGGGUCUGGACAAGCAGGGGUAAUACCACCAGGACUGUCAGCAUUGUGGUGCUAGAGCCUUCUGCCAAGUACUGUGCUCCUGAACGCAUCGCCAACAACAAGGGAGAGUUCAUGUGGCCGCGCACCCUGGCAGGGAUCAGAGCUUACCUACCCUGCAACAGGCUCUCAUCGUCGAGCUCAGGCUCAUACUGGGGCAGCUCAGGCGAAGAGCAGAGGGCGUGGCGCUACUGUGAUCGCAAGGGGGUGUGGGCGGAGGAGGACUACUCCCGCUGCCAGUUCCAGAAAGAUGUCACAAGAUUUCUGUAUGUCAUCAACCAGAUGCCUCUGAACGAGAGCAGCGUGGUUGCCAGGGCUCGACGCCUGUUGGUGUGCACAGUCGAUGCCGCCAACUUCUCAGACAAGAUGGACAUCAUCUUCGUGGCUGAGAUGAUCGAAAAGAUUGGCAAGUUUGUCGAAAAGUUUAAAGAUCUGGGGGAGGUGAUGGUAAGCAUGGCCAGUAACUUGAUGCUGGCUGAUGAGAGGGUGCUCUGGAUGGCUCAGCGCGAAGCCAUGGCCUGCUCCCGCAUCAUCGCUUGCCUCCAGAAGAUUGCCGUCUACCGUCUGACCACAGCGCAGGCAUUCUCCCUGACAUCCCCUAACAUAGCACUGGAGGCUCACGCUGUCAGGGCCAGCGACUGGAACGGAAUGACCUGCAUGUUGUUCCAGAGGCCCAGUCCCGAGCGCACACCUGGACAGGACCGCCAACUCACCUUCAAAUGCAACACAACAAGCUCCUUCUCCAGCAUCCUUCACAAGAGCACCAUUGUGGAGGCUUCCCUGCAGCUUCCUCAGUCUCUCUUUACCCAGGCUGAAGUCCAUGGGCAGGCAGAGGACACAGUCUACAAGCUGCAUCUGCUAGGCUUCCGCAAUGGCAAGUUUUUUCCCUCCACUGGCAACUCCUCCCAGCUGGCUGAUGGUGGGAAGAGGAGGAGUGUGGCCACCCCUGUCAUCAUGGCAAAGAUAGAUGGCAUGUCACUGCACGUCCUGAGGACGCCCAUUAACAUCACCCUGCGGCGGUUUGCCCGCGGCUCAGACGCCGUGUCCGCCUCCUGGAACGUCAGCCUAGUGGGAGGCCAUGGAGGAUGGCAAAGUGACGGCUGCCGCAUUCUGGGCCAUCAUGACAACUUCACCACCAUAUCCUGCAAUUAUCUUGGCAACUAUGGCCUGCUGAUGGACCUCAGCAGUGUGGAGUAUUUCUCUCCAAGCAUCCAGCCUCUGCACCCAGUCAUCUACGCCACUGCUAUCGUACUGCUUCUCUGCCUGCUCAGCAUUAUCAUCAGCUACAUCUACCAUCACAGGUCGGUCCACGUGAGCCGCAAGUUUUGGCACAUGUUGGUCAACCUCUGCUUCCACAUCUCCCUCACCUGCGGGGUCUUUGUAGGUGGCAUAAAUCAGACGCGAUAUCCAAGCUUCUGCCAAGCAGUGGGCAUCUUGCUGCACUAUUCCACUCUGGCUACUGCUCUGUGGGUGGGUGUGACCGCUCGCAACAUUUACAAACAGGUGACGCGCAAGGCCAAACGCUAUGAAGAGCUGGACGAACCUCCUCCACCACCGCGGCCCAUGUUGAGGUUCUACUUAAUCGGCGGAGGGAUACCCAUCAUCGUCUGUGGGAUCACUGCAGCAGCUAACAUAAAAAACUACGGCAGCCGGACCAACGCGCCAUAUUGCUGGAUGGCGUGGGAGCCCAGUAUCGGUGCUUUUUAUGGCCCAGUGGGAUUCAUCAUCUUUGUGGACUGCAUGUACUUCCUCAGCAUCCUGCUCCAGUUGCGGCGCCACCCUGAACGCCGUUACGAACUCAAGGAGCCCACCGAAGAGCAGCAGCAUCUGUCUUCAGCCAACACAGAGGCUGGGACAGAUGGUCCCAGCAGCCAGUGCCACCCCCUCACUCUCCAGCUCCAGCCUUACGAGGCGUCGUCCUCCAUACUGUCUGCUCCACACACCGUGCCGCUGUCUGCCCUGGAGAAUGAGCACACCUUCACUGCUCAGCUGAUUGGUGCAGCGGGGGCGUUGGGGCUGUAUGCGGCCCUCUGGGUUUUUGGGGCCAUGGCUGUAUCGCAAGACCACCCCUUCGACUUAGCUUUCAUCUGCCUGUUUGGGGUGGCCGCACUGGCGCUGGGAGCAUUCAUGGUGGCGCAUCACUGCGUCAACAGGCAGGAUAUGAGACGCUACUGGUUCCAGGCUUGUUGCUCUGGGAGACGAGCAUACUCUGCACAGGAGGAUGUCCUUUUGCCACAGCCAGGCGUGACAAUGACAUCCACAGCAGGAUCUGCUGACAAAGCAGAUGGAGAGUCAACAAAAUGUGGCCACAGCAGCGCAGACUCCUCUUAUACAAAUAAGAGUGCCCCAAGCAUGCGCAAUUCCGGCCAUGGCAGCAAACUGACCAAUCUUCACGCCGAGGCGGCUCAGUGCAAGCCCACCUCAGUACUGGCGACAGUCAACGGUGCAGCCGUUUUGGACAACAGCCUGACAGAACAUUCGCUAGACAAUGAAAUAAAAAUGCACGUAGCUCCAGUUGAGGUGCAGUUUCACCCGAUGAACAACAUCAACAAUCCAACAACUGCCACCAACGGACACGCAAACAGGCAUCACAAAAACAGAGGGCGAGCGCACAGGGCAAGUCGGCUCACUGUGUUGCGAGAGUACGCCUACGACGUCCCCACCAGCUUGGACGGCAGCGUGCAGAGCGCCCCCCACAGGCGGCACCACCAUUAUGACAUGGCUGCACGCAACAGUCGGCGGGCGGCCUACAUGGCCUACAGAGAGCGACAUCAGAGCCAGCUACAGCAGGACAGCAGCGACAGUGCGAGCCUGCCGCGCCGCUCCCGCUACGCAGAUAAAGGAGGUGGCGGCUCCCUGGGGAACGGGUCACUGGUGACUUUAGAGACUGAGCAGAUGGGCGCUGCCACCACGUCAAGUUCAGGUAAAGACUCUGGUCCUGCAAAGCAGCCCAGCAGCCCAGAACUAGAGAGUCAACCCAAGUCAUAUGGGCUCAAUCUCGUCACUCAAAAUGGUGGCACGCUCAAAGAAAAUGGACAGCUAGUGCCUUUGAUCGGCACAGAAAGCGCAUCCAGCAUUAAAACCGGCUUGUGGAAACAUGAAACUACCGUGUAGUGACAGUUUCCAUCCCAAAGACUGCAUCGUGACACACUAUCACCUUUAAACUGUGAAAUUACUUGCCCCUCCCCUCCCCCGAUUGUACUUUUUUUUUUUAAUGAACAAUCAAAUCAAUACUGACACUGAACUGUCUUUGUAGAUAUGUUUUUGUAAAUGGUCUAUUUUUGUAACUUUUAAUCCAAACCAUUUUUAUUCCAUUUAAGAGUUCUGUACAUGAAACUACAUGGUCUGAGCUGUUGCCCUGUGCACAUCCUUACUCUAGGGACUUUUUUGCAUUCUCUAGUUUGUCCCAACUAUAAUAAAACAGAAGUUCAGUUUUA